CUGCGCGCCACCUGUCGGGCGCCCGAUUUUUUCCCUGCUCUUUGAUCUCCUCCUCCUCUCUCUCUCCCCCGUGGUGUGCGCCUCUCUAUUCUUCGCCGCCUAUUUCUACUCCAGCAUUGCUGCUGCGCGACUCGCCGUCCUCCACUUCCGCAGCGGGUGGGUAGCUUGCCGCAGAACUCGUUCGGCUUUCGCAUAUACCGCCGCCGCCGCCUACCUAGUACAAGGUGUCACUGAAUGGCUAGAACAAUGGGUUCAACACCUACCUACUGCUCUUACCAAACAAAUGGUGUUGGCGCUUUAAAGCAAUCACCUCAUAUGCAAUUCCAACAAUCGUACAACUAUGGAGUUAGGUUCCUAAAGAGGGAUACCCUUUCUGUGCGGAUUAACAAACAUAUGGCCAAAAGAAUAGCAACAAGCACUGGAAUUUGCACUAAGCCUAGGAGGUCUCACAUGCCUAUAGUAUGCUCUGCUGGAAUGACAAUAAUUUUUAUUGCAACUGAAUGUCACCCAUGGUGCAAAACUGGAGGCCUCGGUGAUGUUCUAGGGGGACUGCCCCCUGCUCUUGCUGCAAUGGGACAUCGUGUCAUGACAAUAGUUCCUCGUUAUGAUCAAUACAAAGAUGCAUGGGAUACAAAUGUCCUUGUCGAGGUCAAUAUUGGUGACAGGACAGAAACAGUGCGCUUCUUCCACUGCUAUAAAAGGGGAGUUGACCGUGUUUUUGUUGAUCAUCCUAUGUUUCUUGAGAAGGUAUGGGGCAAGACUGGACCAAAAUUAUACGGUCCUACCACUGGAGAUGACUACCGGGACAACCAGUUGCGGUUCUGCCUUUUAUGCCUCGCUGCUUUGGAGGCUCCAAGGGUUCUCAAUCUCAACAAUUCUGAAUAUUUCUCGGGACCAUAUGGUGAAAAUGUUGUCUUCGUUGCAAAUGACUGGCACACUGGAGUCCUGCCAUGCUAUCUCAAGAGCAUCUAUCAGGCAAAAGGAAUGUAUGUGAAUGCUAAGGUUGCUUUCUGCAUUCACAAUAUUGCCUACCAGGGUAGAUUUGCCAGAGAAGACUUUGAACUUCUUAAUCUACCGGACAGUUUCCUGCCUUCAUUUGAUUUUAUUGAUGGGCAUUUUAAACCUGUAGUAGGUAGAAAGAUUAACUGGAUGAAGGCAGGGAUCACUGAAUGUGAUCUGGUUAUGACGGUUAGUCCACAUUAUGUCAAAGAACUCGCUUCUGGCCCAGAUAAAGGUGUUGAAUUGGAUGGCAUCCUUCGCACAAAGCCCCUUGAAACUGGAAUUGUCAAUGGCAUGGAUGUUUAUGAAUGGAAUCCAGCAACAGAUCAGUACAUCAGCGUGAAAUACGAUGCAACAACGGUAACUGAAGCAAGGGCACUCAAUAAGGAAAUGCUACAAGCUGAAGUUGGGUUGCCUGUGGACUCGAGCAUUCCUUUAAUAGUUUUUGUUGGUCGUCUUGAAGAGCAGAAAGGGUCAGACAUACUAAUUGCAGCCAUUCCAGAGUUCGUGGAGGGGAAUGUCCAGAUAAUUGUUCUUGGUACAGGGAAGAAGAAAAUGGAGGAGGAACUGAUACUGCUCGAAGUUAAAUAUCCAAACAACGCUAGAGGGAUAGCAAAAUUUAAUGUUCCUUUAGCGCAUAUGAUGUUUGCUGGGGCUGAUUUUAUAAUUGUUCCUAGUAGGUUUGAGCCAUGUGGUCUCAUCCAAUUGCAAGGGAUGAGAUAUGGAGUGGUUCCCAUCUGCUCAUCUACUGGAGGACUUGUCGACACGGUUAAGGAGGGCGUGACCGGAUUCCACAUGGGUUUGUUCAAUGUCGAGUGCGAAACUGUUGAUCCAGUGGACGUCACAGCGGUUGCUUCAACUGUCAAACGGGCUCUGAAGCAGUACAACACACCGGCAUUCCAAGAAAUGGUUCAGAACUGCAUGGCUCAAGACCUAUCUUGGAAGGGACCUGCAAAGAAGUGGGAGGAGGUUCUUCUUGGGUUGGGCGUUGAGGGGAGCCAGCCAGGCAUCGAGGGUGAGGAGCUGGCGCCACUUGCCAAGGAAAACGUGGCCACUCCCUGAAAUUCUCCAUGACGGUGCCUAGCUUGCUGGCUUGUUUAGGUGACAGGCAGCCUGAUAGGAUCCCAUGGACUUCUGAGCUCGCCACCGGCAAAGCCACUAUUUGUAUCCCUGCAGGCUUCUGCCAUUUCUCUCGUCUACUUCACGUGUAAUAUAAUCGCAGAUGUUACUUAGAGAUGAUGGGCCAGAUGGCAUGCAUUUGCCUGUUUCUCUCUCGCUCCUUCUGCAUGUGUAAUAGUAUAUUUGGCUGUGAAGUUCUGGACCCUGUCAGUCGCUGUCCUCGUACUGCAUUUCUUGUAAGGAACUACUCCCUCCGUCCCAGAAUAAACCGUCCCAGAAUAAAGUAACUUAGCAUGGGAUGAGAUCCAUCAUAGAAUAUAGGAUAGUAUAUCUUGACAUAGUAUGUUUUUUUUUAAUCUAUGCCAGCUUUGCUGGUUUUAUAUUAAGAAGGGGAGAAACUGUACAAAAGCACCGAGAAAGCAGCAGGAAGAAGAGAACAACAUUAGGAAGGCUGCAGGAGAAAAGAAGGGAAUGGAAAAUGAAAACAGAGUACAGGGAGCAGGCAGAGAAGGACUAUGGGCUGCUCAUGGCGCUAUUCUCGCUAGGUUUUUUUUGCCCCACAUGCUAUCCAUACAUUGAUUUCAUCAAGAAUUUUGGUCAACUGUGGAAUUGCAAGCUCCUUGUUCUGUUCCUCUCACACCAGAUUUUCCAACUGAGAAGCAUGUGGAUGGAGCGCAUUCCUUUUGUCU